AUGGAGUUCAACUUCAACACUAUGGUAAAGCACGUGGAUCACGACAAACAGCUCAACCAAACCGAGCUCCUGCGGCUGGCUCUCGACCGAAGUAGGAAGAGGCUGCAAUGGCUCCAAGCAGCCGCCACGAAUAUUAACGUUAAAGCCCCCAUUCGCUAUAGUGGCCAUAACGAGUAUUUAGCAUAUCUCUCCAUCGGCACUCCGCCGGUACCUUUCCCGGCCUUCCUCGCCACGGCCAGCGACCUCACGUGGACCCAAUGCGCACCCUGCGUCGAGUGCUCCGAUCAACCGACUCCCUUAUUCGCCCCUGCGAAUUCCACCUCGUACACCGCGUUAAAAUGCCCGGAUACGAGAUGCAGGGAUUGCAGUAAGCAGCGGCCCGGCAGCCAGUGCAUGUUCGACAUGACGUACGACGACAACAGCGAGUCUGAAGGCGACCUGGCCACCGAGACCCUUUGGUUCGGGGACAAAAAGGUCCUCGGAGUCCAAUUUGGCUGCGCAUAUUACACUGUCGGAAAUGUACUAUGUGGAGGCGCGGGGAGCUUGGGCCUGGGCCGAGGGGAAGACAGCUUCAUCUCCCAGCUCGAUGUGAGCGCGUUCUCCCACUGUCUGCCCACGUACGGCACCAACAACACCGGCAGUCUCUUAAUGGGCCGUGGGGCCCACGCGCCCCGCGGCGCGCGCACCACGCCCCUCAUCAGGAACCCACGCGAUCCCUUCACCUCCCUUUACUACCUCAGCCUCAAGGGGAUCACCAUCAAUAAGGUAUCCGUGCCCAUCAACUCCACCGCGUUCGGCUUCCAAAACGAUGGGUCGGGGGGCAUGGUCAUCGACUCGGGGACACUGCUCACGUAUCUCGAGAGUAGCACUUUCGAGGCCGUCGGGCAGGAACUCGCCCGCCAAAUCGGACUUCCAAGGAAAUAUGUGGCUACAUAUGACUACUGCUUCAACCUCCCGAGCAGGAAAAUUGUUAAUAAGUUCCCCAAGUUCGUGUUUCAAUUCGAUGGGGCUGCCUUGGAGUUGCCGUAUAAGAAUUACUUAAUGUUUGACGAGGAGAAUGGGCUUGUGUGCUUGGCCAUGUUGGGUAAUGAUGGCAUGGACUUCAACAUUUUCGGCAGUUAUCAGCAGCAAAACACAUUGGUGGUCUAUGAUAUCGCUAACAGCAAACUAUCAUUUGCGCCAAAAAAACAGUGUGGUGACAAAGUGUGA